AGGUCUUUUUCUAAAAUACACACAGGUCGGCUAUUCCAUGACGGCCAAAGUUAAUUAUAGCAUCUCCUUCAUCUUCUGUCAAGUUUUAUUCUCUGAUUGUGAUUUUCAUUUUCCUUUUUUCCAAAACACACACUGGUCGGCUAUUCCAUCAUGAAGACAGCCGAAGUUAAUAUAGCAUCUCCUUCUGCCACUUACAAGAAGCAGUGAUGAGCAUACUACAAUCUAAGUACAAUCUUCGUUUUUCAACGCUAUUCGUUUUUGAUAUUACUAGAGCAAGAGCUAUCUUACUUGAAGCCUCCUUAUCGAGGCAAUUGCUUUCCAAAACAGCCACGUCAGAGAUGAGAAUGGCAAACCGGAGAAGAGCAGUCAUAUCCAAAAUGCCGCUCCUGUUCCUCCUCUGUGCGGCGGCGUUGCAGGAUUGGAGGUUUAUUUUCGGAAUAGAGGCGGUAAAUUUCAACGAGCUCCCAGGUCACUACACAACACUCGUGACGCCUUCCCCGGACCCGGCGGCCAACAAUGGAGUUGUCGACUUGUUGCAACGCGAACGCGCAGACAAUUUCACGGAAAUUGGGAUGAUACAAGUAGAUGAGGUAGAGGUUCCAUCCAGGCAAUUGGAAUUGCUGUUGCGCACCGACCAACGAAAUGAAGAUCUUCACGACCAGGGAACAUCUUCACAAAUGCCGUUGCCCUUGCCAGCUGCAGGUUUGGCACGAGGACCAUUAACAGGAGUAUCUCGUCGGUUGCCGCCGCGCCAACGGUUGCCCCCGCGCCAACGGUUGAUACGCGCCGCGGCGGCAUCUUCUCCUGCCGCAAACAGUGGAGAGGAGGAGCAAGAGCAUCAGCAUCUUCAUGUCCUCAGCCCUCGCAGCCAGCAAAUUAUGAGCUCAGAACAUUUGCGGUCGAUGCUUUCAAAGGCCGUUGGCGUAGCCACUGGAGGGCGGGCUGCAUCGUCCGGUCAACAAGGUCGGCGUCGUCGUCGAGGGGAAGGGGUAAAUAAUGGGCAAGAAGAUCAUGAUGUUGCUCCUGGCCCUGCUCACAACAUACCUAGACCUCCCGUGCAGCGUCCUCGUGGCCCACCACGCUGGCGAUAUUACCCCGGGCCUGGGUACACCAGGAUGUUUUCUCGAGAGCCAGAAGAAAUAAGAAAAGCGGCAGCUGCUGCUGCAUCCUCGGGAACAAGCCGCUCUUCUGGCGCCGGCGGUGGAAGUCCUCUUGCGAGCGCUUUGAAACAAAAUGGAGGAGCGCCAACACCUUCAACUACAUCGGCGAGCACUACACAGACGACCGCCAGUACAGCACCUAGUACGACGACCAAAGAGAGCAGUUGUCAUUCUUCCCGUCCGCUGAUCGACCUGCAAGUGACAACGCUGGGUGGAGAGACGUACAAGGUCAAAAAAGUGGACGUGGAGAAAACCACAGUCGCGCAGGUUCUGCAGCAGAUUCGUACCCUGGGUACUCGAGGCGUGAAAUUUCACCCAGGCGUCCGGGUGGAAUUGGUUCCGAUAAUGUUUCCACCUCAGCUUGAAGACAAGGAACAUGGGACUGAUGGCAGCUGCACUGCAGACCCGUUAACUAGAACUUCUCGCGAAAGUAGGUCGUACAGCAGUAAUACCACCACAGUGCCCUCUGCGCCCUUCUCGCUCCCCUUGCGAGAUUCGAAUUCCUACCAUCGGUAUCUUCACGAGCCGAUGAUUGGAGUGGUAGUAAACGCUUUGCUUUCAUCGGACGAAAGCUGUGUUACCACGAGGGAGCAGCAACUUGUCCAGAGAAUCGUGGAGAACACGUACGCAGAAGAGUACUGUCCAAUGCCUGUAGUCUCCUUCCCGCCGCCGGCACCAGCUGGUGGUGCUGGUGGUACCAUUGCUGAGGAGAAAUUGGUACUGCCGAAGAUGAAACAAGUCCCGACUCUCUCUGCUAGUGCCGGCAGCAGCAGCAGCAGCAUGAUGACCACGACAAGCGGCUCGUCUCACAAUAAGAGUAGCUCCUCGACGUGGUCGACGUCCCCUCCGCCCACUUGGCGGUUCCAGGUUCUGGCCACCGAUGAGUGCCAGAAGUGGCAAGAUCUGUACGAGAAACUGAAAGAAGAAAAACGGACUACACUGCUGCAGGUGCAGGAGGCGAAGCGGUUGGAUUGCUGGGUGGUGCAGAGGCUCACUGUAUGCAUUGCAAAAGCAUCGUACUAGAAGUAUCUAUAGAUUGCAUUACAAAUUGGCUUAGCAUUACAAAUUAAGUUUGUAAUGCGGAUUUGCCUUCGAAAAAAAGAUAAAGAUAAUGCAUAAAAGCAUUAUAGUACAAGUGCGAUUUAGUUUUGCACAGGAUACACUGGCCCUCCGAAUUUCCUGGUAGAUCCGGAUUCCGAAGAGAUGCAGGAGUUAUCCAGAAAAAAAAGACCCAUCCCCAAUCCAAUUUCCAAUUUGUCAUAUACAAAACAGGCAUAUUAAAGUGAAGUGCUUGUCAUGCAAAAAAUGGAUUGGGCUUUGGGUGUUUUUUCCCGGAUAGAAGUACCGCUACCACUACGUCCGCUACGCUUCUGCUUUGAAGAAGCACGAACGGAAAAUCGACAGCCUCUUAGAAUUAUCCUGUGCAAAAGCAUCGUACUCGUACUAGUUGCAGUUUAUGCAAGAUAAAUUUCUUUUCCAAGCUAAAUCAGCGUGACAAAUUCCAUUUGUCACGCUGACCUAAUUUGUAUUGCAAUACUACGAACACGAUGCUUUUGCAGUGCAUAAGAAUUGUCCGCAACGCUGCAGAAGUUUCAGUGGUACAUGCCCUACCGGUUUCACAGCUAUCUGGAACGGAGCAUGAGACUAAUGAGUGAAGAGCACCUGGUCUGGGAGAACAAGGAGCAGCGAUUCAUGAAGUAUUUCUACUGGACCGCGGUGGACUGCAUGAGCUUCACGGAAAGGUACAUCGAGAAGAUAGAGCCGAGCCACCAGCACGUCUUGCACAGAUUCGCUGCGCUUACGGAUUAUACUGAGGAGCUAUUACGGGAAUAUGGAUAUCUCGGGUCGUUAAUGCAAAUGACACAUGGAGCUGCAGUUAAUUAUUGACGUGGAUUCCACUGCUGUGGAGUGGUCGAGUUGUAUUGUUUGAUGUGGCAUGAUGCGCAUGCUGUCCUUCCUAGAAGUGGACAUUUUCUCGUGGCGCUCUACGUACCAGGAUGGUGGAUUUUUGACUUUCUGGCCACUGACAAGCUUCUACUUUAGAAAGUAAGCCAAAACCUAAUGUCGUCGCCUUAUUAUCAUUUUGUUGUCAGCAAGGCCAAUCCCAAUACAUAGCGACGCACAUUUGAUCGGAAUGGGGAUUGGGCCCUGGGCCAGUGUGAGUGACGGCAAUAAUAAAGGGAGCACUAAUGCUAUCCCACGAAAAAAGUGUUACAGUUACGCAUUUGUUGUAAUUUCAGCAUCACAAACUUGCUUUGCAUGACAGAGGAAACUUGCAAUGCAAAGAUCAUAAGGGAAAACACGAAGGAAACGAGUCUCCAAAGCAUUUCCUGCAUGACAAAGGUUGUCUGUGUUGCCGGUCGUGCUACACAAUGUGUAACUGUAACACUUUUUUCUUUGCAUAACUGCAAAUGCCAGGAUGAACUCCAGCUCUGUCAUUUCGCGCGGCAUGACAAACUUCGGCGGAGGUCGGUAUUCCGCGAAUUCUUUGAAGCAGCUGCAAAAUGUAUCCAACAAAAAAACUGUGUAAGUGUAACUUUGUGUUGCAGAAAAUGCAAAACUGUUACACUUGUCAUGCUGGACGUGCAUGAGGGGCUCUUUUCGUGCGUGUUUUCACGUACUAGCUACGCAUUACAGGUUUUCUCUGUCAUGCAGAGCAAACCUGUGAUGCUGUUCCUCCAAGAAAGUUACACUUACACAGUUUUUUUCUUGCAUAAAAUGUGAUCGUGGAAGAGGAUACGCAUGGUAAAAGCAUCGUACUACUAGGCCGUUAUUGCAUUACAACUUUUAUUCACAGGAGAAGGAAUGGAGCUUGUCAUGCUGAAGAACGGUUUUAGGAGCAGAUCAUACCUGCCAUGCAUGAUUGAGAUUGCAAAAACUACUAGCACAACAGAACAAAUCAGUGCGAUGCUUUUGGAGAGGAUAGAAAAGGAAAAACUGCAAAAGCUGACCGCCGAACUGGAAAAGUUGGACAAGGAGCACGAGGAAUUUUGCCAGAAAAAGGAAACAGCGAAAGCCAAAAUUGGCGAGCUGAAAGAGGAAAAGACGAACAAAGAGCAGGAGUUUAUCGCCAGGGAAAGAACUACACCUGUUCUCAUCUUCCAAUGAAUUAUUUGUCACGCAAAAUACAACAUGAACGUCUACAGCCUGCGCUUUUAGUAUCCUAUCUUCUACUAAUAUCAAAUCAUGCAAAAGAUGUAUUGGGAAGAUGGAUAUUUUUUUCCUCUGGAUAGAGCUGACCGAGCAGAAGAGACAGUUGAUAGAAAAGCGAAAAGCCAGCGCAGAAGCGGGGAAGAAGCUAGACGGUUGCAAGGGCAAAGUGGAAUCGCUGCAAGGUAUUAGUUGACUCUGUGUCCUCGUCUGCUGUAGUGGUCUCAGAGCUUUUUUACAAUAGCAGAUGUGUUGUUGGUAUAAGGUUAUCUCAAUUUCUAUUUCUGUGGCUGAUUUUGCCAUCUAGUAUGUAGUGUUUUAUUUCUACUGGCCCUAUAAUCUUCACUUUCUAUCAGGUUGGCGCAGCGAUUUGUGGCGUCACGCGCUAAUGGACGCGGUGCAAAUUCCGGUGUUGCCGAUUCCGAUAGUUGGUACGAACGGCGGCCAACAUGUUGCAGGUCCUGGUAUAAGCGGAGGUCAAAAUCCAAAUCCGCAGCAGAAGAACAAGAAAAAGCAAAAUAAAAAGAACCUCCUUUUGCCACCGGAGUCCUCAGAAGAAGAGAAUUACAAAUCUUCCUGUAGUCGCAAAUUGGUAGAAUUUGUGAAGGCCAAUCCCAAUACAUAG